AUGCAUGGAUGCAAAACAUACCUUGGCAUUGAAAUUGCCAAUAUACCAAAAAUUGGUCCUAACAAAGACCAGCAACAAUCGUUGCUCCAUUUGAAGAAAAGCCUUCAAUUUGAUCAACCUUCGUACUCAACCAAGGUUAUAUCUUGGAAUUCAAGCACCGACUGUUGUUCUUGGCUUGGUGUUACUUGCACUGGUAAUGGGAAUGUUUUUGGUCUUGACCUUAGCCUAGAAUCUAUCUCCGGUCCAAUUCCAGGAUCCUUUGCCAGCUUUUCAAACUUGAGGGAGUUGGACUUGAGUUCGAACAAUAUCUCCGGUCCAAUUCCAGGGAUUCUUUGCCAACUUUUCAAACUUGAAGGUGUUGGACUUGAGUGGGAACAACAUCUCCGGUCCAAUUCCAGGAUCCUUUGCCAACUUUUCAAACUUGAGGGAGUUGGACUUGAGUGGGAACAGCAUAUUUGGUCCGGUUCCAGGAUUCUUUGCCAAUUUUUCAAAGUUAACUUCCUUGAGUCUCAGUGGUUGUCAGUUGAAUGGAACAUUUCCCAACGAGAUCUUUCAGGUACCUACUCUACAGACUAUUAA